AUGGGCAAGAAGACGACGUCUCGGCCAUCCAAGGCCCCCACGGCCGCAUCGCCGGCAUCCGCUCUGACACAAUCCGGUAGCAAGUCGUCUGUCCUGCGAGCCGCAUUUUCCCCGUCCGAGUAUCAAUUGGCCCUGUUUGCGUCGGUCAUCCAGGGCCUCGAUGCGCAGCACAUCCGGAUCCACGAGACCACCACGGGGCGACUGCAGUGUGAGCAUGCGCUGGGGCCGAAGGAGACGGUGACGUCGCUGGAUUGGGGAUAUUAUGGCGGAGCGAGCAAAAACCGCGACCAGUCGAAAAAGAAGCGGAAGCGCGGCUCCGACGUCAACGGCGCCGUCGAUGGGCUGGACCAAGGAGAUGUCGUGGUGGCAUUUGGCACCAGCACGUCGGAGAUCCGCAUGUACUCGCCGGCGGAAGAUAAGGUGGUCGGCACGUUGAGCGGUGUGCAUGAGAAGGGAAUCAAGGAUUUCAAGUUCACGGCCGACCGGCCCGCCCAGGAGGCGUGGAGUAUCGGAGGCGACAAUAAAAUUGUUCAGUGGGAUCUGCGCAGCGGGCAAAGCAUAAGGACAAUUCACCUCCCCGCAUCCUCGGUUUUUACUGCUCUCUCUCGCCCCCUUCCCUCCAACCCGCCCGUCAUUUGCGCAUCCCAGACUCCGUACCUAAUAGACGUGGAGAGCACCGAUGAGCCGCCAGUCAAGUUCCCAGCGAUGCGCAACCAAAUCCACACGGUUAUUCCAUCCUCUUCCGAGUCUGCGGGCGCAGGCGCAUUUCUCGCAUCCGAUGGCGAGCGGUUCAUUAACGUCUUUGACGCCUCAAGUCGGAAGCUAGUACGGAAUCUCGUUGCAGAGCAAGAUGUGUCGUCGGUGUCAUUGUACACGGACGGCCAUUCUACACCAGAGAAGCAAGUACUUGCUGCAGUAACUGAAGAUGGCACUAUCGAGCUAUUCACAAAACCAUUUGUCCAACCGCAGAAUGUGCAAAAUGCCAGUGCCAAGGCUAGCCGGAAACAAAUGACGCAAAAGGCAAAUGCGUAUCUCAAAAUUACGCGCUCCGACUCGUCGGACUCCUCCGUGGCGGUUGUAUCGACUUCAUUCCAGGGUCCUGAUCUGGUUGUCGCUUACGCCGAGGGUGGUGUGAUUCCCAUGUUUGAGCGCAUCAAAUUCCUCGAUGAAAACACCGACGAGCUUUCCUUCACUGGUGUCAAGACAGUCGUGAAGAGCAAGUCCAGUUCUGCACUUACAUCGGUGACCACGAACGGCGUGAAGAAUGCUGGUGAGAGCCGGGUCGACGAGUCUCGGGCGGUCGUGGAGCAGGGAAAUCUGGCAGAUGGCGAUGUGGAGAUGGAGGACUCGCGACAAGACGCUGCUUCGGUGUCCGGUAGUGAGGAAGACUCGGACGACGACGAGAACACCAAGGCGCCCUCUAGCGAGAAGAAAACCAAGCCCGCCAAGCAAGUGGCCACAGAUGAAGAUGUCGAAAUGCAAAACGCAUCCGAGUCCGAGGAGGAACCCGAGGAAGACGGUGCGGAGCCCUCCUUCGGCGAGCUCCUGCGGGCCAACACAGGCCAAGAAGUCGACGUGGAAGCCGAGCUGGACGACGAUGUUCUCCAGGGUGCCCUUGUCCCCGGCAAGCCUAAAGCGGCGGUACAGCAGAUCCCGUCGGGUGUCUCGCUGGCAACCGUGCUCACGCAAUCGUUGAAGACCAACGACAGCGGCAUGCUCGAGUCGUGUUUCCACACGGGCGACACCACCAUCAUCCGCACCACCAUCCAGCGCCUUGAGUCAUCGCUGGCCGCCAUUCUCCUCCAAAAGCUCGCCGAGCGCCUCUCUUCCCGCCCGGGCCGGUAUGGCCACCUUCUCGUGUGGGUGCAGUGGACCUGCGUGGCGCACGGCGGUGCUCUCGCGGGCCACCCGAAGCUCCUAAAGCGCAUAGCCACUCUCUACAAGGUCAUGGACCAGCGCUCGUCAAGCCUGUCGUCGCUGCUCCUCCUCAAGGGGAAGCUGGACAUGCUCGACGCCCAGCUGGGGCUGCGCCAAUCGAUCCGCGGCGGCGACGAGGACAUGGACAGCGAGGACGAAGACAAUGUCAUCUACGUCGAGGGCCAGGAUGAUGACGCGGACAGCGAGGCCGAAGCCAAGACCUCGCGCCCCAAGUCAAUACGCGACCAGGCCUUCGACGAGGACGAGUCGAUGAUGAACGGCAUUGCCGACGAGUCCGAGGACGACGAAGACGACGCCAGCGAGGAGGACGACGACGACGAUGACGAGGAACCUAUCCUGGAAAUCGAGGCCGCCGAGUCUGUCGGCUCUUCGGAUGCUGAGGAGUCGCUGGAAGAGAACGAGGAGGACGAUGAUGACGACGCUGAUAGUGAUGGGUCUAUGGUUGACUUCAUUGCUGAUACUGAAGAUGAGGAGUCCGAUGAUGCUGCUGUGGCGGAGCAGCCCCGGCCGUCUAAGAAGGCUAAGACGGCUGCUGGGAAGAAGGGCAAGGUUGGCAAGAAAUAA